AACCCAGCAGGUCAGCAAUCAAUUCAGGCACGAAAACAGGAGGGGUCCGCGGCACGAUGCAUGCGAUGACGACGAUGAGAGGGACAUUGAAACAGCAAUCUCCGUUCCAUGACACAACAUGCUCAAUGGUCAGAGCAAACCAGAUGGACAUGCCCAGGCGCCAAAGCGGCCCCAUGAAAGCGAAAACUGGGAAGCGGGAUGUGGCCAACCAGGCACGCCUGCGACGAUCUGCUCCCCUCUGCUUGCGAGCGCCCGCCAUUGGAGACACCGUAGCAGGGCACGCAUUUGGCAGAUCGCUCAACAGGUCACCAAACGGAUGAAGGGCAGUGCAUACCUUGCUGCCCUGGCUGUGAAUCCGCCAUGGCGGGCACGAAGAAGAGAGGGUCUGAAGGCUGGCGGUUCCGGUAUUCGGUGGGCCGUUUGCGUGUCGACUUCGGGUCGAUGCGUUCUUUGGAGAACCAACCUGUGCUACCGUGUCAAAAUGUCUUGGAUUGAAUCCCUUCGGCCAGGGCUGGCGUCAUACCAGUGGGGAAUAAGGAGGCUUUCUUCAGACAGCGGGUCACUCCCAGUCUCGUGGGGCUGUCUCAAAUGUGAUGAGUCGUCUUCUUUGCGAUUCAAAAAUGCGGUUCGGCUCAAAGAACUCGGAGUUGCGCUGUCGAAAGACAAGGUAUAACUGUCCCAGCACCUUCGGCGCAGCGGGGUGGGGUCGAGAUGGGACGGACAAUGAGCUUGCCCCUGAAGCUAAUUCGAGACCGGUACGGAGUACCGCUCGGUGGCUCAGUGAGCUUGUUCUUGUCGACGGCUGGCGCUGAUUGUCGGAAUAAUCGACUGACGUGGUUUCUAAAUCUUGGAUGGCGACGGAGGUCGAGUCUCGACCGUCGAUUUCCAGCGGGAGAGUUCGUCCGUCCUGUCAAGGCCGAGCGCCUUGUUGGGGAUCUGGGCGUCCAGCUCGAUCCCGCAGGCUGUUUGUUGUUGCGGGAGGAAGAAAGUUGAGCGAUCCCCAACACGU